UCCCGCAGCUCCUCCCGCGGCCCCCCCGCUCCCGCAGCUCCGCAGUCCGGCGCAGCCCCGGCCGGAGAAAAUGGCGGAUCGCGCCGAGAUGUUCUCGCUCUCCACCUUCCACUCGCUCUCCCCGCCCGGCUGCAGGCCCCCCCAGGACAUCAGCCUGGAGGAGUUUGACGAUGAGGACCUGUCGGAGAUCACGGACGACUGCGGCAUCGGCCUCAACUACGACUCGGACCACUAUGAGAAGGACUGCCUGGUGCUGGACCGCGGGGAGCAGCCCCACCCCGUCUGCACCUUCCAGGACGACUUCCAGGAGUUCGAGAUGAUCGACGACAACGAGGAGGAGGAGGAGGAGGAAGAGGAGGAGGAGGAGGGCAACGAUCUGGAAGCUCCACCGUCCCCUUCGGCCUCACCCAUCCCCUCACCUGCCCUGGAGGAGACGCAGAAGCACCGACCCACCACGCUCAACCUGACGGCCCCGGGCACCCAGGAUUCCCUGAACAACAACGGCAGCUUCCCACCGCCCGCUCACCGCACGACCUGGCAGGACGCCCUCCUCCACUCCUCCUCCUCCUCCUCUUCCUCACACACUGGACACUCGUCUCCCCACGCCUGCAUCCUGGACGGACCCUGCCUGGAGAGCCCGCGGGGCCCCGGGGGGGCCCCCCCCUCGCUGCCGCCCUCCCCCUUGGACUCGCAAGGCAACAGCCCCGAGUCCCUGGCACAUGGUAACCCAUCGCCCCCGAGUGCCGGGCAAGAUUUUAACAUGAACCUCAUCUCCGCAGCGCUCCGAGCUCCGCUGUCCCCGCCGCGCCCCCGCCAGCCGCCCCCUCAACCGUGUCUCUCUCCAACAGGGCCCGCGGCUCCCCCCGGCCCCCCCGACGCCGGCCCCCCGCCCCCGGCCCCCGCCGCUGCCCCCCGCGCCCCCACGCAGCCCGAGGCGGCCCGGGGAGCCCCCAGCCCGGGGUCCCCCCGCCCGCAGCCCGGCCCCCCGCGGCCCCCCGAGGAGCGGGCGGACGGCGCCCGCGUGUGCCCCCCGGAGCCGCUCAGCUCCGACGGGGAGGGUCCCCGGUCCGGCCGGGCGGCCAGCGUGCGCGGGCACCCCUCGGGCUCCUCGGAGACCACCUCGCCCUCCUCGGACCCCGGCAUCGAGGCCGACCUCACCAGCCGCACCGCCAAGCCCUUCCUGCCCGGCGGGCGGCACGGGGAGGACCUGAGCUCGCCCGGCUCCGACUCGGACGUGGAGGGGGAGCUCGAGGCGGCCUUCGCCGGCGGGCGCCUGGUCAGCAACAUGAUCUCCUCCAUCUCGGAGACCGAGCUGGACCUGAGCAGCGACAGCAGCAGCGGCCGCUCCUCCCACCUCACCAACUCCAUCGAGGAGGCCAGCUCGCCCGGCUCCGAGGGAGAGCUGGAGCCGGAGCUGGAGGCGCCCGGCCUGAUGGGCAUCAAGGACUCGCUGCUGCUCGACAAGGGCAAGGAGGAGGAGGAGGAGCCCGCGGAGAGGGGGCCGCCGGAGCGCGGCGUGGUGAGGCGGGAGAGCCUGGCCGAGCUGAAGAUGGAGGGGUACUACGACAGCCUGGACCCCGCCGACUGCCCCGCGCCCGAGGGCCAGACCGAGGUCUCCGCCUCCAGCCCCCUGGACCUGAAGAUCGACCCGGACCACAGCCUGGAGAGCAUCCGCCGCUCCUUCUACCUGCCCGUGGGGCCCAAGCUGAUGCCCGAGGCGGACGAGGAGGACAACAGCGAGUACGACUCCGACUCGGAGUCGGAGCCCGACCUUAGCGAGGACUCGGACUCUCCCUGGCUGCUCAGCAACCUGGUCAACAAGAUGAUCUCGGAGGGCUCGUACCCCAUCAAGUGCCCGGACGAGUGCUUCCAGAACACCCACUCGCUGUGCGACACCAUCUCCCCGGCCUCCGACCUGGAGCCCGAGAUCCUGAGCGAGGCGCUGGACGAGGAGCCCGUCCCGCGGGACUCUCCGGCGGGGCCGGGGGACGCGGCGGUGCCGCGGUGCCAGCGCGCCAUCGAGCUGGUGGACAUGGAGACGCUGCGCAGCUCCCUGGAGUGUGCCGAGGACGAGCGAGGCCUGGACGCCGCCACGGAGCCGCCGCCGGAGCCGCCGGCCGAGGAGCCGGGCCCCUUCCUCUUCCUCAGCAACCCCACCAACGACACCAUCGCGCCCGUCUUCCCGGGGCGCCCCGUCACCCUCGACAGGCUGGACGCCUCCGAGGUCCUGGCCACCUUCGGCUGCCGUCCCGCGCCGCCGCGCGUCCCGCCACGCGCGUCCCCCGGCACCGAGCCCGCCGUCACCGGGGACCACCACAGCGCCGGGGACCACCACAGUGCCGGGGACCAGCGCACAGCCAGCCCCGAGGGCUGGGCCGUCGACAGGGACCUGGACUCGGGGGUCCUGGAGGCCGACGACAUGAUCGACGACGUCCGGUUAGUGCCCCCCGAUGCCGACCCCGCCACGCUGGACGUCUCCACCGCCAAGACCAACCGCGGCUUCGCCAUGGCCUUCGACGAGGACGAGGGGUCCUUCCUGCCCGGCUCCCCCUUCCCCACGGCCCCGCGGCGGGGCAGCUUCGGGGGGGAGCUGCCGCCCGUCCCCGGGGCGCCGGAGCCGCCGGCGCUGGACGAGUCGCUGGCCUACGACUCGGUGAAGUACACGCUGGUGGUGGACGAGCACACACAGCUGGAGCUGGUGAGCCUGCGGCGCUGCACGUCCGUGCUGAGCGACGACAGCGACCUGCUGCGCGCCUGCGACCGCUGCGACAUGGACGACGAGGUGGCCUUCGGGGACGGGCUGGUGGCCCCCGACGCGCACAGCUCCUCCGAGGACUCGUCCCCCGAGGCCGACCUCCAGUUCUCCAAGAAGUUCCUCAACGUCUUCGUCAACAGCACCUCGCGCUCCUCCAGCACAGAGUCCUUCGGGCUGUUCUCCUGCAUGGUGAACGGGGAGGAGCGGGAGCAGACCCACCGCGCCGUCUUCAGGUUCAUCCCCCGCCACGAGGAUGAGCUGGAGCUGGAUGUGGACGACCCCAUCCUGGUGGAGCUGGAGGAGGACGACUACUGGUACCGGGGGUACAACAUGCGGACGGGGGAGAGGGGCAUCUUCCCCGCCUUCUACGCCCACGAGGUGGUUGGCCAGGCCCGGGACGCCAUCGGCCUGAAGAGGAACCCGUGCUGGGUGGAGCGGUUCAACGUGCAGUUCCUGGGCUCCGUGGAGGUCCCGUAUCACCAGGGCAAUGGGAUCCUCUGUGCCGCCAUGCAGAAGAUCGCCACCACCAGGAAGCUGACGGUGCAUCUGCGCCCCCCGGCCAGCUGUGACCUGGAGGUGACGCUGCAGGGCAUCAAACUCAUCCUGACCGUCACCGAGUACAGCCGGGACCAGGAGUUCGAGCGCUGCAGCCACUUCUUCCAGAUGAAAAACAUCUCCUUCUGCGGGUGCCACCCCCGGAACAGCUGCUACUUCGGGUUCAUCACCAAGCACCCGGUGCUGAGCCGCUUCGCCUGCCACGUGUUCGUGUCCCAGGAGUCCAUGAGACACGUGGCCGAGUGUGUCGGUCGAGCGUUUCAGGAAUAUUACCAGGAGCACCUGGAGUACGCCUGCCCCACAGAGGACAUCUACCUGGAGUAGGGGGGCAGCGGGGGGGCUCCUGCUUCCGCACCCCCCUCCAGCCCCACGGCGGCCAGAGACUGUGUGACCCCCAGCCAGCCGGCUUGGCCCCCCCGCACACGCUC